UAUGAACGCCACACGGAUGCCAACUGUGUAGUGAGACCAAAUGCAAAACGCCAGAAUUAUUUUGUGACGUCAUUGUUUUGUUCACUUAACUGUGACGUUACACACCACUGCCAAGUAAACAAACAGCAUCAGUUGUCUUCAACGAUUCAGUUGUGACUACCGCAUCCGGCAACAACAAAAAGAAAGCCCCUCGGUCGCUUUCCAAAUUCUGAAUCGGGACGUAUACGUCCUGGGAUAAAAUUACAGGAUGUCAGAUAAUAGUCCCCAGAGCAAGUACCAAAGUCACCCUGGAAUGCUUUCAUGGCCACUCGAAUGUAAAAAACGAAAGGACGCUCACAAAACUCUACAGUGUCCUGUUAAACAGCCGUCCCCCAUUCAGCAACAGACCAAUGCUGAGAAAACGUCAGUUAAUGGUCCAGGGGAGAAUGUUGAAGUUGACGUUAAAUAUCUUUCCUGGAAACACCCACAUAAAUGUGAUGACCCAGGGCUAAAAAGUUUGGAAGCCAGAUGCAUUCCAGAGCAACAGCAGUUUGUCGAGAAAGUGUGUUCCCAAGUUCAGCAGCCGUCCCCAGUUCAGCAGCCGUCCCCAGUUCAGCAGUCGUCCCCACUUCGGCUGCCGUGCUCACUUCAACAGCCGUCCUCAGUUAAGCAAAAUUAUUUUAAUGGCCCCGGAGCGAACGUUAAAACUCAACCUGGACUACUGUCGUGGCCAGUCGAAUGUAGAAACCGAAAGAAAAACAGGGAGAAAACCUUGGAGGAGCAACAGACACCCUCAUCUCAGGAGCCGCGUGUGAACUGGCCCAUAUCCAGCAACUACCGGCCGCCCACACCGCCGCCGCCUCCACCGCCACCUAUCGAUGUGGUCCAGUGGCCAGAACGCCGCGAGACAACUUGCCCAGACGGCACCACGAUGCCGGCCGGAAACACGCAACCACAAGUGACUACAUCAAGCUCCAUACAGUGGCCCAUGCGAUGUUUUACCCAAUAACUGCUGGCUUUUUUCUGAAUGUAUGCUCAUAGGACAUGGAAGUAAGGGGAGGGGGGGGCACAUCAUUGGCCUAAACGAAACUUUACUUAUUAAGUAUCUUUUUUUCUUCUUUUUUUGAAUGUGUGCUCAUAGGAGUCGAAAGUAAGGGGAGGGGGAGGCACAUUAGUGGCCUAAGCUAAACUUUACAAAGUUUUUCUGAAUGUAUACUCAUAGGAGUCAGACGUAAGGGGAGGGGGAGACACAUCAGUGGCCUAAACGAAACUUUACUGAUUAAGUAUCUUUUUUUUCUUUCGUUUUUUUAAUGUACACUCAUAGGAGUCUAAAGUAGGGAGGGGGAGGCACAUCAGUGGCCUAUGCAAAACUUUACGGAUUAGGUUGUCUUUUAUGUUUUUUUUUUGUUUUUUGUGUGAAUGCAUACCAUACUCAUAGGAGUCAAAAGUAAGGAGGGGGGGGGAGGUACAUCAGUGGCCUAUGCGAGGGGGGGAAGGUACAUCAGUGGCCUGUGUGAAACGUUACUGAAUAGCUUUUUGUUCUGAACAUACAUAGGGUUUAGAAGUAGGAGGGGGAGGUACUGAUCCCCCUAAAUCUGGGUAAUAUAUCAUUACCUCCCCCAGUUGCUGUUGUCUUCGAUCCAUUGAUAAUAUAUAUUAUCUACACAAGCCAAAUGCUGCUACUAUUGUUACAUGAAAAAUAGAUCAUUGAUAAUAAUACGGAUAGUUAAUAAAUAGUAAAUAGAAAUCUUACUUCCAAAAAACUAAAAAAAAAUUGCAAGAUUCCUGAAAUCUUAAAAAAAAAUUGAAACUUCUUUUUGCUGUUUUGAUUAUCGUUUUAUUUUAUUAGUUUAAACUGGUUAAUUAAUUUUAUUAUUAUUUAAAAAAAAAAAAAAAAAGGGAAAAAAUGGCAGCAUUUAGCUUUCCUGCAUAUGUAUAUUAAAUAAUUAUUUUAAACAUC